CCGGGGGGGAAAACACAUGCCAUGUAUAGUAAGUGCUGGCGCUUCUCCCCAGGGGGCGCAGGGAGAAACUUUCCAGAAUCAUCCAGGAGGAAUCCAGUGGCCCAAUUGUGUGUUUUUGGGACGCCAUCUGUCCCGACCGGCGGACACUUUGUGUACAAACAGUCGUAAAUCGCCGCAAAGAAUCGCUUAAUUAACGACGGCCGAUUACGCAGCUGCCCAAGAUUUAAUGAGUCCUGGAAUUGAGCCAUUAAACGUCGCUGAUUGGCUGUUUUCCACUAUUUUAAGCUGUUUAGCCUCGGCCUAAUCAAAUAAAUCAGUCCCUCGUCGGCCAUUGAAUCAUCAUCAACAAUUUCCAGAUGGUUUUCCUCUUUUAUUCGCACGCCACUGCACAGCCCUGCUGAGCCAAGGGCUUCUGAGCACCUCAGCCCAUUUCGCUGCAUCACUGUCACAACGUGUCUAUUCCUUUUGCCUGCAUUAGUGUCUUUAGCCCUUCUGAGCACACAUUCCCAAUUGGCUCAGAACCGAUUUUUUUCAACAACACUUUCCGUUGGCCCUUAAAAUACCUUUUUGAGAUCAUUUAAGCUUUCCGCGUGCUCCAGAUUCGGCGUAAACGGCCUCUGAGGCUUUCUGAGCCGCGCACCAAUACAUGUAAAUUUCAGGUUCAGUCAGUCUCUGAACCGAGCGAUGUGUGGACAAAAAUUUGUCCAAUCGAGAACAGCAGGGCUUCUCAGCAACUUGCCUCUGACAUUUCCUCAACGAUUCUUUGCUAAGCUAAUUUCCAGUCAGGCUUUCAAGCGCAAUUUCCCAGAAAACUCAGCUGAAUUUGUGUAGUUUCAUCAAAAGGUUUUCUGAGUAUCAAUUUCAACUGUUAACGGCCCUUUGGCCUUCUGAGCCAAGGGCUUCUGAGCACCCCAGCGCAUAUCGCUGCACCAGUGUCACAACGCGUCUAUUCCUUUUGCCUGCAUUAGUGUCUUUAGCCCUUCUGAGCACACAUUCUCAAUUGGCUCAGAACCUAUUUUUGUCAAAAAAACUUUCCGUUUGCCUUUAAAAUACCUUUUUGAGAUCAUUUCAGCUUUCUGCAUGCGCCAGAUUCGGCGUAAACGGCUUCUGAGGCUUUCUGAGCCGCACACCCAUUCACGUAAAUUUUCAAUCAGACUCUGAACCGAGCGAUAUGUGGGCAAAAAUUUGUCCAAUCGAGUACCGCAGGGCUUCUGAGCAACUUGCCUCUGACAUUUCCUCAACGAUUCUUUGCUAAGCUAAUUUCCAGUCAGGCUUUCAAGCGCAAUUUCCCAGAAAACUCAACUGAAUUUGUGUAGUUUUAGCGAAAGGCCUUCUGAGUAUCAGUUUCAAUUUUCAACGGCCCUUUGGCCUUCUGAGCCAAGGGCUUCUGAGCACCACAGCCCAUAUCGCUGCACCAGUGUCACAACGCGUCUAUUCUGAGCACACAUUCUCAAUUGGCUCUGAACCGAUUUUUGUCAAAAACACUUUCCGUUUGCCCUUAAAAUCCUUUUUCAGACCAUUUCAGCUUUCUGCAUGCGCCAGAUUCGGCGUAAACGGCUUCUGAGGCUUUCUGAGCCGCACAUAAUUACGUGUAACUGUUGCAUUUCCCUAAUGACUACUUCCUAAGUUAAUUUUCUAGUCAAGCAGUCAAGCGCAAUUUCCCCGAAAAUCUCAACUGAAUUUGCGUAGUCAUCGCAAAAGGCCUUCUGAGCAGCAGUUUAUUGAUUACGAUUUUGAUUAUCUUCCACUGGCUCUUGAAUGAUUGCGGCAUUUUUGGUAAAUUGUUACUUUUAACGGCUCUUCAGAGCUAAAGGUUGAGCUAAUUUCUGAGCCACUUGCCCCUGACAGUGUGGUUUCGGCAAAAGAUCCUCUGAGCAUCAGACGCUGCUUUCAUUAUCUUCCACUUGCUCUUGAAUAAAUUGCGGCAUUUUUCAACGACCCUCUGGCCUUCUGAGUCAUUUGCUUCAAACGCUUCUGAGAGUUGGAAGGGCUUCUGAGCAACCAAUGCAGUAGCGACAGUUGGGGAAAGGUUCCCAGAACGGCGCAAAUGCCCCCCGUCCCGGAUCGCGAAACGGACAUUAAAUUUGAUGCCUAUUGGUUCUUCUGAGCCAGGGGCCUUCUGAGUAUUUUGCAGCCCACAGUGGGUCUCCGGAGGCCACUAACGCCUAGUGCCCCCAACAGGGUCCAUUUGGGACUUAUGAUCCCUUCUGAGCCAAAGGCCUUCUGAUCCGUUCUGAGUCAAAAUGUUCAAAUUUGCAGAUGCAGCACACCGGCACACGGCCGCCCCACGAUCGUGAUGUGAAUCGUCGCUGUCAAGAUGAGCCCGAACUCAUGGCCGCCCCUGGCCACUGGCUUCAUUCGCGACCAGAACCAGACAGGGGGCGCUGCGCAUGCGCCGCCCCUGUUCCUCAACCACGCCACUGCCGCCUCGCCGGGCGGCUUUUUCUCCAACUUUAAGUCGGGGCGACUGUUGCCGCCGCCCCCCAGCGCCGCCCCAGUCGACCGCCAUGUCUGGUACCCGGUCCAGUUCCAGGCGAAUUCCAGCUUUUAUUUCGCCGCCCCGGACGAAAUGGUGCUCUACUCGACCGCCAAUUCGUCGGAGAACGGCACCUAUGGGGCGGCGCAUGCGUCCCCCCACGAUUUCGACGCCACUGUCGCCCUCGUCACCAUGGUGAUCACCGCCAUCUUGUUGGGCCUCAUUAUCCUGGCCACUGUCAUUGGCAACGUGUUCGUGAUAGCGGCCAUUCUGCUGGAGCGCAACCUGCAAAACGUGGCCAACUACCUGAUCCUCUCGCUGGCGGUCGCCGACCUGCUGGUGGCCUGUCUGGUGAUGCCGCUGGGCGCCGUGCAGGAAGUGAGCCAGGAGUGGGCGCUCGGGCCCGAGCUGUGCGACAUGUGGACGUCCAGCGACGUGCUCUGCUGCACCGCCUCCAU